AUGGUUGACCCUUUAUUAUGUUCAUUGAGUCAAUGCAUAAUUGACGAAAUAAAAUUUCCAGAUGGAACUAUUCAAAGGGAUCUUUUGGGUGGUGGGGGCGUUUACGCUACUUAUGGAAUGAGACUUUGGUUUCCAUCACAAGAAGCUCAAAGAAUAGGAUACGCAUUUCAUGCUGGUUACGAUUUUCCGAUACAUAUUUUACAAAACAUGUUGGCACUUAAUAUCUCUUUAACUCAAAUAUGGCAUUCAAAUUUACCAUCUAUUCGUGGAUUAAAUACUUUUAAAUCAACUGAUCAACGUAUAUUUGCUUAUCUAACUCCCCCAAUAGGAACUGUUCCAGCAGAUUUACCAAGUUCAUAUUUAAAUGCCAAAGUAUUUCAUUUUAUUUGUUCAGCGAAUUGGGCUAUACAACAUGUUACAGAAAUUUUACGAUUACGUGACAAAAAAUUACCAUUACCUAAAUUUGUUUGGGAACCUAUACCUGAUUAUGUAUCUAAAGAAAAUAUGCAAUCAUGUAUAGAAGCUAUGAAGAUGGUAGAUGUAUUAUCACCCAAUCAUGAGGAAGCAGCGGCUUUAUUAGGAUUAAUUACUGAUGAAGAAGAUGAAAGAUUUUUAACUGAUGAAAUGUUAAUAUUAAUGGCUGAUAAGUUUCUAGCUUAUCCUAUUGGACCACAAGGAAACGGAAGUGUAAUUAUUCGUGCAUCAUAUAAAGGAUGUAUUGUGGCUACUAAAGAAAAAAAAGAAAUAAUACCAGCUUAUUGGACAAAACUUAAAGAUGGUAGUAGGAAUCCUCACGUAGUUGAUGUUACUGGUGCAGGAAAUGCUUUUUGUGGAGGAUUUAUGGCAGGAUUACUUAAAUCUAAUUUUGAUAUAUUUGAAGCCGCAUUAUACGGUUCAGUUAGUGCAUCAUUUAUUGUUGAACAACUUGGUACACCGAGAAUUUUCAUUGAUGAAUUAGGAAAUGAACGAUGGAACACUGGAGAUAGUCCACAAGUAAGAUUAAGUAAAUUAAGACAACGAGUUAAAGAAAAACUUAAAGAAACGUUAAAGGUAAAAUUAAAAGAAAGAAUUCAAGAAAAAUUGAAACAACGAAGUCAAAAUGGUAUUGAAGAAGAUGAAUCUGGUGAAAUUAUUAAAGAUGAUAUUAAAAAUCUUGAUCAAAAAGAUAUUUUCGAUAAAGAAAGUAUUAGUGAUAGUAUGAGUCCAGCCGAUUAA